GAAUUAAAAUUUAGUUUUAUUCGGUCGAUUGAAUUCAAUGCAAUUGCAACAUUCCCUGGGCCAGAAGACUUCUGGCUCCGAUAUGCAAGGAAUUCUUUCAAUGAAUCGGAAUGAGAAAAGGCAUUCAACCGUAGACCCUUAAAGGCACGCAGCGCCACGCCUUUCUUCACUUCAGGCCUACGUAUCACUGCUGAACACGUUGCUUAGAUCUCUGUGUAUCACGUUAUAUUCCAGUUUAAUAUGUCCAACCCAGGAGAUGAAGCCAGCGGUACGAGUACCGAGUUAUUGUUUGAAAAAUUUCAGCUUUAUUUUGAUCAAAAAUUCGACAAGCUUAGCAGUACGAAGCCCGUCACUGAUCCUAGUAUCAAAGAGCUCCGCAAUAAGCUAGAAGCUCAGGAAUUGGCAAGACCGGGAAACACAGCACAGUAUCUUUUUUGCGGUGAGCUCCAAAUUAUUCUGGACAAAAUCAAGUGCGCCAUUCUACAGUCUUGUAACACCGACGCAGCAAUUUCAGCGAUUCAGCAAGCCGAAGACCUUCUUGCGGACAGAAAACGUAAAAUCAAAAUUGCUGAUUCCAGCAAAGCCGGCUGGAUGACCAUUCAACAUCUAGAAAAGGGUGCCAAGAAGAAUCAAUCCCCUGAAGAGCUAAGGAAAGUUCAACUCGCCGAGGAAGCUGCUUGUAAAGAACUGGAAGGGAGAAAGAAGCUCAAGAGAUCUUCGACAGAUAGGCAGUAUGCUUCGGAUUUCAGAUCUACUACUGACCGUCCUCUUUUUCGAGGCAUGCCAAAUGAUAUGUGCUUCACAUGCAAAAUGGUCGGACACUGGUCCAGAGACUGUCCUUUCAACGUCGGACUCGCGCCCUCUUCCCGAGUCAAACCAAGAGCCCAAGCGGCUAUGCCGGUCGGAUAUCACACUUUUCACUCACGAAAUGCACUCAUCCCCUGGCAAGCUCCACAGCUACCCCUAGCCAUCACAGCAUUCCCCUCGUCUGCCAUCGGACAAGCUUCCACUAGCGCAGCAAUCCCAUCCGGAGCCUCGGUUGGAAACCCUACAGCCUAAUACGCAGGCUUCACCACAGGUGUUCAAUCUCUCUCGCAAAUUUAGCGACGUUAUAGAGGUUAUUUCCGGCCAGCAAUUCUGGUCAGAAUUUCCCGCCAGUCUUCAAGCAUAUCGAGAUCGCAUAUUUCAUGAUGUUUUAAAGGCCAAAGCAGAUGGUACCACGCAAUCUUACCUGUAUAAGUGCAGAGUGUUUUUCGCCUGGCUGAGAAAGCAUAACAUUCCACUCCAAUUUACAGUUACCGAUAUAACUAUUGCAUCCUUUUUGUCUGAUAGAGGUCAAUCUGUCAAUUCAGAUAGCUCCAUAAUAACACUAGCAUCUGCCAUCAAAUGGCUGCAUUCCUUACUCAAUAUUCGUCCGAAUCCCGUUGAUUCGCCAGUAGUGCAACAGGUAUUUACUAGUUUACGGAGAACCUUGCAUCAUCCUCCACAACAGAAAGAACCAUUGUCAAUUCAGCAAGUACAUGAUAUUAUUGAUCAUUUUGGCAAUCAGAAUUGUAGUUUGCUGCAGUUGCGAACCGCUUGUUAUGUAUCAUUAAAGUUUUCGCUUCUCUUCAGGCACGAUGAGAUGGUACAGUUAAAGGCAAGCCACAUUACUGAGCUGCCUGGUCAAGUUGGAUUGCGUAUUCACAUUCCCAGAUCAAAAACAGACGUUUAUCGUGAAGGUACUUUCACCUUCUUAUCUCAAAUUGAUAGUCAGUAUUGCCCAGCAAAGAUACUCAGACGAUAUUUGACACAAUGUAACAUUCAGAUAGGAGAUGAUGUUUAUAUAUUCACAGCCUUGUCUUUUCUAUCCAGUUCGAAUUCGUAUAGACCAUUACAAAACAAACCCCUGAGUUAUUCUAGGUGCCGAGAGCUCUUUUUAGAAGCACUAAAGCAAGUUGGCGUAGAAAACCCUAAAAAAUACGGCCUACAUAGCAUGCGUUCAGGAGGGGCCUCUCAUUUGGCAAAUAAGGAUAUAUCUGAAGAGCUUAUCAUGGAACAUGGGCGAUGGAAAACGCCUCAAUCCAAAAACAGAUACAUUAAACGAGACAUAGAUCGUCGUCUCAGUCUUACAGUUACGUUAAGUAAACAGUAAUUAAAAUUGGAUAACCAAUUUUCUAGGGUCUUAUCCUUAAUUUUGUAUAAACGUAAACUUGAUCUAAUGCGAGUUUUCAUGUAUAAUUAUAUAUGUAUCUUCAGAUACCGGACAAAUAAUCCGAGGAGCUGAGAUUAUUGAUGUGUUAUAUAAAACAUUUCACGCAACUGUAAAGAUGGAAUAUUUUGUUUAGUUUUGAUUAUAGACAGUAGUAGAUUCCGGACAGAUAAUCCGAAGAGCCAAAAGGGCUGAGGCUCCAAGGUGGAGCUGGAAUUAAUUGAUGUAUUAUAUAAAUUUCAUUCUGAAUUGACGAUGUAAUAUAUUUAAGAAAUUGUUUUGUUUUUGGUUAAAAAAAAAAAAAAAAAAAAAUAUUCCGGACAGAUAAUCCGAAGAGCCAAAAGGGCUGAGGCUCCAAAGCGGAGCCGAGAUUGUUUUUGGAUGCUUAAAUUACAUCGUAUUGUGAAGACGAAAAAUUAAAUGAAGAUGCUAUUUUAUGUAACGAUUUGUGUAUUUUGAGACGCGUAAAGAAUAAUUACCACAUGCAAAACACCUGAUAUACAUGUUUUUUUCCCUCAAUAUUUUUCCCUGUACGUAUUCAGCAACUGACACUAGGCACGCCCCAUGCUUUACAAUAAAAUAUCUGAAUUGAUA